AUUUUUAUGUUAAAAUACUAGGUUUGUUUUUCCGUAUUGGGGUUUGUGAAGAAAGGGGUGUAGAGGUUGAAACAUGAUUUGGCAGGAGGAGAAUGAGAGUUCGUACAGGUGUAAUCUUUUGCAAAAUCCCAUAAUCAGUUUGUUGAGUUUUGAUUUGAAUAAUAAAAAGAGGUGGCAGCGUUGUUGGGAUAAAAUAUUCUAUAAAUGGUGUCAGCUGCCGUCAACACUGAGUGGAGCUCUUCUUAUUUCUUGUUCACAUUGCUCCAGAAAGCUAGAGAGAGAAAGUGGAGUGCUUUUUUUGAAAUUGAGGAAGUUGAAAAGAAUGGGGAAAGCUACGAGGUGGCUAAGAGGGCUGCUUGGAAUGAAGAAAGGGAAAGAUAACAUGGCUGAUGCUUCCAAUUUUAGUGAGAGGAAGGAGAGGAAUCGGUGGAGCUUUGCCAAAUCGGAAAAAGAUUCCGGCGGAUUAAGGGAGAUUCCGGCUGUAGACGCGGCGUGGCUGAGAUCUUUGAUUGCCCAUUCCGAUAAGGAGCAAAACAAGCAUGCGAUUGCGGUGGCCGCUGCCACCGCUGUCGCAGCUGAUGCCGCCGUCGCCGCUGCACAAGCGGCAGUGGCGGUGGUCAGGCUCACCAGCCAGGGCAGAGGUGGUGGUGGCAGGGAGAUAUUGGCUGCUAUCAAGAUUCAGACAGUUUUUAGAGGCUUUUUGGCCCGAAAAGCACUAAGAGCUCUAAGAGGGCUGGUGAAAUUACAAGCCCUUGUUAGAGGCUACCUUGUAAGAAAACGAGCUGCUGCCACCCUUCAUAGUAUGGAAGCUCUUAUUCGGGCCCAGGUCCUUGUUCAAGCCCGAAGGGCCCGUAGAAUAAUCAACAAACUCCAGCCCGAACCGAGGCCUAGAAAAUCUACUGAGAGGUUUGAGGAGAGAAGUGAAUUUCGUAGCAAGAGGUUUGAUCCAUCUCUAAAUGCAUUGGACGAAAGCCCGAAAAUAGUCGAGAUCGACACCUGUCGGCCCGAAUCAAGGUCUAGGAGAAUGAGCAACGAUGAUCACUACUACCGAGCUCUGUCUUCCCCUCUGCCAUGUAAGAAAUACGUAGUCGAUCAUCACUACCUUCAAGAUUUCGACUGGGGAUUCAUCCCAGAAGAAUGCAAGUCUGUGACCGCACAGAACACGCCAAGGUUUGGUUGUUCGGGCCGGGCCAUGAUCGUCCCGGAAGAAUGCAAGUCCUCGACCGCGCAUAACACCCCGAGGUUCGGUUGUUCGGGCCCGGCCACACCGGCCAAGAGCGUGUGUGGCCUCGGGCCUUACUCAAACUGCCCCAACUACAUGAUAAACACACAAUCGUUCAGGGCGAAGCUGAGGUCCCAAAGCGCCCCGAAGCAAAGGCCCGAACUCGGCCCGAAGAGACGGAUGUCGUUGAAUGAAAUUGUGGCAUCAAGAACUAGCUUCAGCGGAGUUAGAACGCAGGGAUCAUGCAUCAAGGUUGAAGAAGAUUUUGAGUUUUAGUGUGUGUGCAGUGUGAUUGUGAUGAAGAACCACAGGUUGGAAUUGGCUCUGCAUGGAGGUGGCGUUUGUCUAUACAGAUGGAAGGAACUAACAUAGAAUUUCUCUAUGGAUUUCUUAUGCUACUUUCUUACAACAGUUAGAAAGAAUGUUUUUGGGUAAUGCUUCAUGAAUGGAACAUUUCAAAAUUAAAUCAUUUUAAUGCCAACAAUAAUUUUCAAGACUAA